CAUGAGGGAGAUUUGUGGUUAGAGAAGCUGUGACAUCCCUGGGGGAUCUUCAGGCUGUUAUAAAGCGUCGUCCGUCAACCCGCCACUUUGAUUUGCUUCACUUUAGCUACCUGAUAGAAUCCAGAUAGACAGUAUGCACUGGGAGAAAUCGCCACCAUCAGGACUGGCUAGGGCCAAACCGUAUCAAGGUGUUCGAGUCAGAGACCCGGUCAAAGAGCUGCUGAGGAGGAAGAGAAGUCUGGAGCCGCACAGCACCAAGACGGCGCCCCCUACUGCGGAUGUGGUCACACACAACAAUAACCAGUCAUCAUACACACAAGGAAUCUUCAGCUCUGAUAUCCAAGGCGGUUCCCCAUCUGAGCCGUCUGUCACCGGAGUCAGUGAUGGAGGGCUGCAUUGUGCUGGAUGGAAAGCUCCAUCAUCUGCCACCAGUGCCGGCCUUCAGUCUGCUGUGACGCCCUGGUCCUCAUCUGAGUACAACCAGCAGGACCGUUCAGCUCAGGCUCUUGCCUACUCAGCCACCCCCACCCUCACCGCUGAUGUGUACAUGCAGACUCUGUGUCCCAGCUACACCAUGCUGACCUACACACACGCACCUUUGCUCACUAACUUUGGGACCAUACCCAUGGCCCCAACUCCAGGGUCCCUUCCUCAGAUGGAGCUCCCAGACUCAGGGUUGACUUACCUCCCCUGGGCUCAGCCCCUCACCACCAUAUCCACCAUACCUAACCCAGGGGGGGUCCAAUUUGCACCUGGAUCUGCAGCCCUUCCCGGGUCAUCUCUGGUCCACAUGCCCUUGUCCAUGUCUUUGGCCACCAUGAUCCCUCAACUGGAGCCACAGGGUUCAGAUCCUCAGCCACAGAUACUGGAACUCCCGCAGCGUUCAGGUCACCAGCUGGACCUUGAACCACAAGACCAGUCUUUGGAUGAAGACCCAGUGGUGGAGCCAGAAUCUCCGAACCUCCUGGAUAAACUUCUGGAGGAUCAAAAGGAUGAUGGCGGAGAGGAGGACAAAGACUCGUACAGCAGCUCACUGUUCAUUCCGAAUGUCUGAAAAUAUGAGUGUUCUGUGGAGAACAGUAUUGUUUCUGUUUGUUUCUCAGGGUUCACCAUUUAAUAAUCAGUUUGGUUCAUUACAACUUGGGUCUUCAUUUUGUAGCUGUGGUCAUAAUUCUUAUGUGAUGAUAGCACUGUUCUCAGAAAAGAAUUUGCUGAAAUUGCAUAACCAGGGUAAGAGAACCUCCUCUCCUAAUACAACAACUGGACAUGAUUAACCUAUCCUCCUCUACAGCUGAACUUGAUUUUAUGUUAGUAGCACUUAUUGCAGAACCCACAUGUCCUUGUCACACUGCACUGUAGUGUUGUUGAAUGUCAUGUCUUUGGACUGUGGGAGAAAGCCGGAGUAUGUGGACAGAACCCAUACAGAAACAGAGAGAAAAUGCAAACUCCACACAGACAGGUGCCAGACCUUGUUUCUUGAGCCCACCUGACAUUUUAGUGAUUUUGCCAUGUGCUUGGAUUCAAACAGUGAAUUUCGUCACUAUGAACAGACACAACAGAAAAGAAUGAUGGCCAGAACUACUAAAAAUAAGACCUCAGUUGUAAUAAAGCUAAAACACCUGUUUUCUCUAGCAAUGACCAACAAUAUACAGCAAUAUCUUCUACUAUUUUUGUUGUUUUUUACAAGUAGCAAAAAGGGAACCUCCUUUUCAUUUUCUCCUUUUUUUUGCAGAAUGCAAUUCAGUAUUAUUUUAUGCUCACAUGUUGCCAUGUAAUGUAAAUUUCUAUUGCUCUAACAAGAUUUGUUCAAGAUUAAUGAUUAAUGCUUUUUGCAACUGUACAUUUGAUUUAAAUUCAUAUUUUCCUUUUUGCAGCAGGAGUUCUGUCAGUGACAGUUGCAGUUUUCUGAGAUACAGUUACAAUUGAGUUCUAUCCACCCCCUCUUAGCCUUGAGAUGUUUGCCUUUGUUAAAAUCUACCACAAUGCUGUCAGUUUAACGAGAGCCUAGAGAAUAACCACGUGGUGAUGGUUUCCUUUUUUACUAGCUGAUGAUUUAUAAUAAUCCAGUAGAAGAGCCGGGCUUGUGCUCACAAGAGAAAUUGACCAUGCAAAGAGCAAAGAUAAAGUAGAAAAUUAGGUACUAACUGUCAGUAGUAUCUGCACUAUUUGAAAUACAUGUGUUUUUACAUGCAUGGAAGAGGUUUUGAGUGCUUUAAAAACGCAGGUCAGAGGCACAAACUAUUCACUAAGAAGCAAUGAUAAUCCUGGUUGAGCUUGGUUGAGUUGAGCUUUCAGUGGGGUGUCAACCAAGGCCAGUGAGCACAUGUAAAGUCUUUAAAGUGAAACAGCAUCAGGCAAGAUUUGUAUGUCAAAACAUCAGUCCAUCCAUAGCAUUGUGGAACAAGACUGACAUGUUAUAGACUACAUUUCUGUGAGAAAUGUGCUGUAGACCAGAUGACAUGUUGACAUACCCAGUGUGUAGGCCUACUUGUAACUGUAACUGUAAGUUUAAUAAAGAGGGAAGAAAGUACUGUAAAUCAGCAGAUAUAAUAAAGGUAAGUUUCAAGACAAAUAAAUCAUUGCGUUGCAUUGCAUGUUUUCUUGGCGCUGAACUUUUUCUGCUGCAGUCACAGCUUUCUGCCAUUUAGAGCAGCCAAUAUGCCAACCUGCUCAGCAACCUUUAAAUUCCAGGAAAUGUCUCUGCCUAAAUUGGUCUUUUUUUAAGGUUGUUGUUCAAGCGAUAAUAUGCAAGCUAGCCAGCUACAAAAGGGUGUUUGACCCUGACGCAGUGAGAUAAGGACUUUGGCCCAGUGCUCGUGCUUGUUUUUGACAGGGAAGGAUUCUCAGUCUCAGGGGUUUUCCCCCCCGAGGGGAAACUGACAUCGUGAGAGGGGUGAGAUGUUCAUCUGUUAAAAAAAAAAAAAAAAUCCCACACCUGGAAACACCUGAGA